AAAUCCAAAUGUCAAAGUUAUGACGAAACAUUUUUGUGUUGAUUGCAAAAAAAUAGCAAUUUAAUUCAAAACAAAGGAAAUGUAAACACGGAAACGUCACGAGAACGCAGUACAAAUAUAUCAGACCACGUUAAGUUUGUACAAGUGAUUUGAACGAGAGAAAUGGCCGAUCAAUUCCGAAGAAAACCUUGAAAAAAGUUUUAUCAUAUUUGUUGAUGUUCCUUUGUUACGGCGGGAACCGAUUGCUUUCGCACACAAUGGCAGCGGCUCUCGCUCAUGAUUCGCCUAAAUACCGUGGCAGUUUGAUAUGCUGUAAUCCCAGGACUUCCGUUACGGAUCGAAGCCCAUCCUCCUCGACUUCUGGUUGCGUGUCUGCUGACGAGAGUUACGACUCAAACUACAUACCGAAAUCGAUAGCGAACAAGAAACUUAAGAUACACAGCUCUGCGACCAAAGAAGAUAUCGAAAAAGCUAUAAAUCAAUGUAAAGAACUAAUUUUGAACAGUUCACAAUGCUCCGACGAACGCAAAUGGCUAGUGCGUUAUUUAGUCGAGCUCAGGCUGAGGUUAGAGGACCUGAAGGACAAUGAGGGUCAGACCAGGGUCAAAGUAUCCAUCAAAGGUCAUCACUUCGAGCAGCAGGUCAACCCAAACAACCGCAAACAGUAUUGUGAUCACUGCAGCGGUGUAAUAUGGAGUAUAGUUCAGAGCUCAUAUAUUUGUACAGACUGUGGAUACUUGUGCCAUUAUAAAUGCAUCGAUCACAUAUGCAGAGUGUGUGCUCAUGUCGUGAUGACAGAAAAGGGGGAGUUUGACAUGAACAUCUGCCCGGAAAGAGGCUUAGCAGCACAAGAUUAUAAAUGUGCUGAAUGUGAAACCACAUUAACUUUUAAGGAUUCUUGGAACGAGCCUCGAUUAUGUGACUAUACAGGUCUUUAUUUCUGUACAACAUGCCAUUGGAACGAUCAGUUUGCGAUACCUGCUCGAGUUGUCCACAACUGGGAUUGGGAGAAACGUUACGUCUCACGCCUGGCCUACCAAAUGUUAAGUAUAGCAUGGUCACGACCAUACAUAAACAUUGAAAACAUUAAUUCUAAGCUCUUUAGCUUCAUUGCCGAAUUGGAAUGGGUUCACAAGAUGCGCAAGGACCUGGAAUGGAUGCGUAGAUACCUGUGCGCUUGCACCGAAGGCACAACUCUCCUGUCUCCUCUAUUCGUCCAACUGGGAGAUGUAAACAAGAAGUACAGUAUGUCACACUUACAGGCGAUCAAUGACGGGUCGUUAGAAACUGAAUUGACUGAACUGACAGAGGUCUGUCGGACACAUAUAACAAACUGCCCUCUAUGUUCAGGCAAAGGUUAUUUGUGUGAAGUGUGCAGCAACAACGAAGUGUUGUACCCCUUUGAUAGUGGAGCGAUAAUGUGUGAGAAGUGCAAUUCUAUGUAUCACAGAGGCUGUUGGCUCCGUAAAGGACAGACCUGCCUCAAGUGCACCAGGAUAGACGAGAGAAAUAAAAGCACCGAAAAGGAAAAUGAGAAUUUACAUUCUGAUUAUGACAUUGACAAAUUUGUUGAUACCUCUAUCGGGCCUCUGAGUGAAACUAUCUAGCUCCUUAGUAGUGGUUUACUUCUCAUUCUAUUGUAAUAAAUCAAUUCGCCAUUUCAUUUUUAAGACAAUUUGUUUUAUGUGUACGCUUUAGACAAAAUAUUUUAUCAAUAGAGUUUACUAAACACCUCAUUAAUUGAAGAGUGAAUUGUUUGAGUAAUUAUUGGAUUGAAGAGAAUCUUUCUCAAAAUCAAAGGCUGGAUUCUGAAUUAAGUUUGAUUGGAAGUGGCAAAAAAUUAAAAAUGACCGCUGAUUGAUAUUUCAGGCUGAUUAAAAGCAUAGUAAUAGAAAAUAGUAGAACAAUACCAACAUCGAUUUUGAGAUAAUCCUAAAGUUAAUUAUUUGUACAUGUGAUGUACCAAAAUUUAUAAUUUAUUUAUAGGGAUAAAAUGCAGUGGAUGGUUUCAUGCAAUUUGUGACAAAGAAAAUCAUGAAUUCAAUUUAAUAUUUUGCUAUAGUCAAAGGUUAACAUUACAUUCUCAAUAUCUUGUGAAUUGUAUUAAAAUUUUUCUCAUUGAUUCUAUCUUCAAAAGCUAACUUUU